CUCUUUCUUCUAAAGAUGUCAAUUAUCUUCAAACGUAAACAAUAACGAUACCUCUUUUUAAAAAAUGUAUAUUUCAUGGAAUUUCCUUCUUCUGUUUUGUUUAUUUUCUGUAGUAUUAUCUACAGAUAUUUGUGUUAGGGAAUCUUCUGACAAAAAAUGCGAAUUGAAAGAAUCCAAGGGAAAAAAAUAUUCUAAAGCGGUGAACUAUAAUCAUGAUAAAUAUACAGCUAUAAUCAAGGCUGCUAAAAAAGAGUACCAGCCAUGUGAGAAUAUGUGCAAGUGCUACACACAAAUUAUAUCAGAUUACCUCAAACCUUUCAAGGGAGGAAUAGAUGAACAGAAUAUUGAUAGUGUAAAAUCUAAGGGUACCAAAUAUCAAAUCAUUGAUCACAAAUUAUAUCGUGAAAAAGAUUGCCUUUUCCCAGCCAGAUGUUCAGGAGUUGAAUAUUUCAUCUUGAAAUUAUUGCCUAAACUGAAUGAUACAGAGUUUAUACUCAAUACUAGAGAUUGGCCACAAAUUUUUCAACACCAUGGACCACAUGGCCCUGUUUUUUCUUUUAGUAAAACAAGUGAUUAUUUAGAUAUAAUGUAUCCAGCUUGGGCUUUUUGGGAAGGAGGUCCAGCUAUUUCUUUGUAUCCUCGUGGUAUUGGUCGUUGGGAUCAGCAUAGAAAAUUGCUUGGUAAAGUAGGUAAUGACACUGAGUGGGAUGAUAAAAUUUCUAAGGCCUUCUUUAGAGGUUCGAGAACAAGUUCAGAAAGGGAUCCUCUAAUUUUAUUAUCUAGAGAUAAUCCUCAUUUGGUAGAUGCCAAGUAUACAAUGAAUCAAGCCUGGAAGUCAGAUGCUGACACUCUUCAUGCACCUCCUGCAUCAGAAGUUUCUUUUGAAGAUCAUUGCAAAUAUAAGUAUCUUUUCAACUUCAGAGGUGUUGCUGCUAGCUUUAGGUUUAAGCAUAUACUACUUUGUAAGUCGUUAGUUUUCCAUGUUGGUAAAGAUUGGCAGGAAUUUUUUUACCCCUUUCUAAAACCAUGGGUUCAUUAUGUUCCCAUUGAAAGAGAUGCUAGCGAAGAAGACAUUAAAGAGUUAAUAGAAUUUUUUGAUAGUCAUCAAGAUUUAGCACAAGAAAUAGCUAAAAACGGCUAUGAUUUCAUUUGGAACAACUUGCAAAUGAAACAUAUUGAUUGUUUUUGGUUGAAUCUGUUGAGACGUUACACAAAAAUUCUCAAGUAUAAACCAGAACGGGAUGAGUCUCUGGUUCAAAUUCGCAACACAUAUUAGACAAGAUUUUAAGAAUAAAAUAUUCUUAUGUGCUUAAUGAAUCUAUUAUUCUGAUUGGAAUUGGAAAUUUAUUGGUCAAUGUUUAUUGUUGUUCGUUCUUCAAAACAUUCCUGUAUGUUCAUGUUUCCUAAAAUAAUUGUUCAUAUCGAUAAAUAUCUCCUAAAGUAUCAUAAUCAUAAUAUGUGUAGUUAAUUUUAUACUGAUUCUGCCAUAUCAUAUUUUUGAUAUUGCUUUCAAUUUGGUUUUCUUCUUUUUUUCUCUAAGUUUUUGAGGAUUUAUUAUUCGUUGAAAUGAGUUUGUAUUCAAUACAUGCAAAUAUCAAAAAUUCUUCAGUUUCUACUUGAUUAUGCUCAUAAAUGAAGCCGUUAAUUGUUUAAUUAAUAGUAAAUAAGAUAGUAUUUCUGGAUUUAGAAUAAAAAAAGAUGAGGACCAAAAGCAUUGAGAGAUCUCAUAUAGGUAGCAACAAUGAUGGCAUACAGUACUUCAGCUUUAAAUACUCUCAGACUGAAAAAUGAAUUUUUACACUAAUGCAACACUUUGACAAUAAUUUAGACGUGAUAAAUCAGACAAUAAUUUAUAUGUAAGUGUUGACAUAUUAUAUUAUUAAAUAUUGUAUUAGUUGUGUGAUAUUUUCAAUUAAAAUGUAUGUGACAAUAAAUGAAUAAAUAAAUAAGUCUACAA